CGAAGUCUUGAUGUUUGCUGCUCAUGUAGUUGAUCUUGUGGUUCUGAUCAGUGUUGUAGUUUAGAUUUUUGAUUUACAUUUGAUUGUUUUUAGUUUUGCUUUUUUAUAUUUUUCUUUAUUUUGGUCAAGUCAUUUGAAUCCUAAAAAACUGCUGGCGCUCAGAGCAGCAAUUUAAUCUAUUGCGCAUUAUUGGGAAACUAAAGUCUUAGCAGUGCAUUCGGCCUGGUAGAGUGUUCAACAGACAAUAUGACAGGGCGACAAUUUGGGGGUUUAAUCUUUUCUAUGUACUUUUUAAUAGACACAGAAAAGUAAUCAGCUAUACUGAGUAAUGUCUUCUCUGAGUAUGUUUUCUUGGAAUACAUUGUGCUGCCAAUACCAAUCAAUCAUUAUUUGAAUAGCACAGCCUAUCCGAGUUGUGUUUCUGACCAUGUUCAUUUAUUAUAGCCACAAUUUACCUAUCCGACUUAUUAGAAAUUACAGAUCUUUUAAAUGUACAAAUCUUUAAUGGAAUGUUAUCCAAUGUGGGAUAAAGUGGCCAUAAUAUAUGGCCUAACACAUGUAUGGUGUCCAGUUCAUACUAAAGGUCGUUACAGAGGUUAAGGUCAGGACUCUUUGGAGGCCACACCAAAUUCGGCAAACCAUGUUUUAUGGCCCUUGCUUUGUGCACACUGGCAGGCAUGCUGGAAUUAGAAAUAACCUCUCCCAAACUGUGGCCACAAAUAAGGAAGCAUGUAAUUUAUGUUAAUUUUUGAUUGAUUUUAUACACUUGUUAGCAUUGGUAUGGGUAAAACACAUAAACUAGGCAAUUGGGGAGGCUUUCCACAUACUUUUGGCAACAAGGAAAAACAUGUUUCCUGACCUGCAGACCUCAUAUAGCACUUUUCUAAUGGAAAGACUCUUGUUAACCCCAAACUGGGUUACAAAAGCAAUUCUUCCACCGCAACAUUUGGACAAAUUACAGUUUGUAUCAACAGAAAUUAAGAAUCUAUUUAGAAAGCUGUUUUCUUUUCACUGGUGGAUUCUGUGGGAGAGUUAAACAAGCCUACAGGAUCUCCGCCUUCAUCAACAAUGUGAAGUACGCGAGUCAUUUCUGAGUUUUCCCAUCUGGUUUGAGGCGUCAUCUCCGUGAAAUUGGACACCUAACUUUCUUCUCAACCUUCCCAAACUCUCCGUCCCUCCGUCAUUUUUAUUUAAAAAGCACACAAAGCAACCGAGUACGCGUCGAAGUGUACAGUUUAAUUUGCUUAAUUUUGGGUUCAUUUUCUUUAUGAGACCGCAAGACUUCCUGAGAGGAGCUUGUAAACUUACUUUAGGCUAGAACCGAACGAGCUGGGCCAGAAAGCGCUGGAGAGCAGGCGGGGCGGCUGGAAAUGGAGGAUACGGGGGGGUUCCUGGCGCAGAUGAAUAAUUAACCAUUACAAGACAAUUAAAUAAACUUUUUAUAUAAUGUACUAUCCGUUUUUAUGUGUCGAUUCUGGAUCGGAAUAGCGGUUGCGAUGUCAAGAUCAGUGUUGCGAUAAGAAGAGGUAAGGAACUGACUUCAUGUCAUCCGCCCCCUUAGAACAACAAGCGGUGGCAUUUGUGAUGGAGGAGAAGGUGGAUGGCAGUGGGCAGGAAGAAAAUAAUUUGGAUGACCCUUCCAUUCCUACUGCUAGUGUGGUGGAACAGACACAGCUUUGUCACCACCAAGAUGCCUCCAGGCUAGACCAGGACCUGCCCAUCAUGCACUGGGAAGACUUGAGUUUGCGAAUAGCCGAGCUUGAGAAACAGGAAAAUGAGAAAAGAAAAAAGUCCAAGUGUUUACAAGAAGAUGAGUCAUUGCCGGGACAUUGGCCUCAAGUAAAGGAACAGUCACUUCAUAGGAUGCAUUGGGAGGAUGAUGGUUUGGGAGAAUGCCGUUUUCCAUUUAUUACAUCUCGAUUUAACAGUCCUAAAAAACUGCAGCUGUGUUUUAUCAAUAACACUGAGAGUGAUCAAGAGGAUGAUGAAGAACCAGCCAUCAAAGAUAGCCUGUGUGACUCACAUAGACAUGUGUACCAGUCUGCUGGCCUGAAACAGGAAGUGAUAGCAGCCCUGAGUGAGCUCAGAGAUAAGGUUUGGGCUGAACAGAGGCAGCAGCAGCAGCUGUCCAGUAAUGAUGUGGUCUUUAAACGAAGAAAGCUUAUUCGCAGUGACCUGCAGACCUGCUCCAUGGUUCAGCUAAAUGCUCUCAGUGAUUCCCUUCAUAAAGACAUCCAAGAUCUGAGCUCAGAAUUAGUGAAGCAUCUGGUUGUGCGGGACCAUCUUCGAACAAAACAAGACGCCUUACUCCUGGAUGUGCAGGAUAUGACAUCACUGUAACUGACAUUAAGCCAUGAUUAUUCAUCAUCACACUUCACAAUAAUGGGCAUUUCUGGAAUAAUAAUCUUGACACAGUCAUUUACUGUCUGUUAUUUACAGCUAUUGUUUUACUAACAAAAGCCAAUCUUGUUUGUCUUGUUGUGUUGUUCUUGGUUAGUGUGAGAGCCACAAAUAUUUAUGUCACAAGUUUUAUUGUGAGAACCGGUAUGUAUUAAAGUGUAACUAAAAAAUAUGCCUGGUUCAGUAUGGUUUAUUUACCAUCAGUUUGUUUUGUUUAUUAUCAUUCUUAACUGUGAAAGCUGCUAUAACAUGUAUAUGUCCGUUGAUAUAUCUGUAUACUAAUUUGUGGUUUGUUUGUUUGUUUUUAGGAAAAAUUAUGUUUAUUAAUUAUAGAAAUAUGAACUGCAUGUUAUAUUACAGCAUCUGCUGCAUAUGGGACUUUAUGGGACACAAGUUUUAUUUCUCAUGGACAGAAUCUAUAUCACUAAAUAAAGUUGUUAUAUUUAUCUAACCACUUAACAUGUGUGGGUAUUUUGCUGUGUUUCUGGGGUUGCACAUGUAUCUGACACAAUUUGUAAUUGUUGUCCAAUAAUAAUAAUUAUAAUUGUGCAGCUUUAUAUCAUUAAGAUUUAUAUCAUUCUUCAUAAACUCAAAGUUCCUGUCAUGAGAUUA